AUGGAUGUUCUCAACAAGCUGACGGCAUAUGCCGUGCAGAGACCUGUCUUUGUCUCUGCUUGGACAUUAACGGUAGCUCUGGUACUUAAUGUCAUAUACAAGGGAUAUCGACAGCGUCGCUUUUACCGAAACUUGCCAGGUCCCCCUCACAGCUGGCUCUUCGGCCACCUCAAGGUCAUGGGCGAAAUUUCAGCCCUCAUGCCGCCAAACUGUCACCCUCAGAUGUACUUUACGGAAAUGGCACGCCGGUAUAACCUCGACGGCAUCUUCUACGUCGACCUCUGGCCCGUCGGCCCCGGGAGCUGUCUCGUCACCGAUCCGGACCUUCUUGAUCAAAUCACCGUCCGCAAGAUCCUCCCUCAUCACCCCAUGGCUGAGGAUUUCUUGUCUGCCAUGAUUGGGAGGGGAAGUAUUGGUGGUGCGAAUGGGGCGUUGUGGAAGAGGUUGCAUAGUGCUAUGAACCCGGCUUUUUCGUGGACGCACAUUCGACACUUGACGGGCCUUUUUGUCGAUGAGUGUGUUCAGUUUCGGAAGAAUCUGGAUAAGCUUGCUGCAACGGGCGAGGUGUUUUCCAUGGAGCAUCUAUCGGCAAGGCUCAUCUUUGAUGUCAUUGCUCGAAUUGUCUUCAACUUUCCCCUCCACGCGCAAACGACAGGAAGCCAAGAUCUCGAAGACCUACGCGAACUCAUCCUCCUCGUCGAAGGACAAUCGGAUAUUACCAUCGCUUAUAACCCCGUUGAGCAGAUUAAGCGAUGGUGGAGGAGAAGACAGGUGCUCGGACGGCUGCAUCCGUCUAUUCUGGGCAAGAUCCACGAGAGGUUUGAGAUGCUGGUUAAUGAAAAGAUUGUUCCUUCAAGGAAGGAUCCGAAUAGUAUUUUGGAUCUUAUGCUGAGGGAGCAUGUGGAUCAGGAGGGGAUGACGAAGGAGAAUGCUAAGCUUUCAAAGGCUGAUGUUGAUUUGCUGUUGGCCAAUAUCAAGGCGUUGCUUGUCGGUGGCCACGGAACGACAACUGAUACACUUUGCUACAUGUACAUGCUCCUCUCCAAAUCCCCCCACGUCGUAGAAAAGAUGCUUCAAGAACACAUCGAGCAACUCGGCCCCGACACAGAAGUAUCCACCCAAACCAUGGUCGAGACACCCGAGCUCCUCCAGAAACUCCCCUACACCGACGCCGUCAUCAAAGAAACCCUCCGAAUGUUCCCCGUCGGCUACGGCGUUCGCGAAGGACCUCCAGGGGCAAAGGUUACAUACAAGGGUCGUGAUCUACCCGUUGACCAUGGCGUUGCUGUUUCGACACAGGGUCAUGACGUGCACUAUAACACGCGCUUCUUCCCUGACCCGACGGUAUUCAGACCAGAGAGGUGGCUCGGACCUGAAGAGAUUCCUCGAUCGUACUUUAGAACAUUCGGUCGCGGUCCUCGGGCGUGUCUGGGUCAGAACCUGGCAGCCAACGAGCUCAAGGUCAUCCUCGUCAUGACUGUUCGGGAUUACUCGUUUGAGUGUGCUGGAUUGAAGCCUAAUGAUAAGCCCAAGACUACGUAUACGGAUCUGGAUACUGUUUAUGGGGAUAUUGUGUUUCAGGAGCUGGGGUUGGAGGCGAAGCCUAGAGGUGGUAUGAUGAUGACUGUCAAGAAGCGGACAUGA